UCUAUUUUUCUUAAGCAUUUCCAAGACACCAAUUAUGUGAAGUUCUUAAAUGUCCCACUGAAACACAGCCAGCAAAACCCUGUGCUCCCCUCCCAGAGAGCGACUACAGAAGAGUCGGGCAUAUCCUCCCCAGGCAGAGUGUCUCGCUCCUCCCUUUCUGCAGCUGCAAAGAUCUCAACCUCCUUUUCGUAUGGGCAGGGACUUAGCAGCGGCGGGAGCUGCUCUCCUGGGGGAGGUGUCUGCACCAUGGCACCUCCCCGCCGGGGGAGGGAGACGGCAUAACGCCAGCGCCUCUCCCGCCUGAGCCGAAUUUAAACUGCGUUACUACUCCUCGCGCAAAGCACUAAUGCUGGUCGAACCCUUGCGCCGCUCCUCCCUCAAGCCCGCAGCCAAUAGCAGCCCAACUUUGUGACUCGCGCGGCCAAUCCGGACACGCUUUAUUGGAGGUCGGGCGAAUCUCUUGCCGAGCGCGCCGCGAGUUGUUGGGUUCAUUGCGCUGGGCAGGGGAGGUGAUUGCCCCCCCCCCCCCUUUGUUGGUGUCUCUCCCGGGAGGGCGGCAGAGGCCGGCGAUGCCCGAGUUUCUGGCGGACCCGUCGGUGCUGACCAAGGAGAAGCUGAAGAGCGAGCUCAUCGCCAACAAUGUGAGCCUGCCGGGCGGCGAGCAGCGCAAGGACGUGUAUGUGCAGCUCUACCUGCAGCACCUCACCGCCCGCAACGCGCCCGCCGCGCUCGCCCAGCCCGACUUCUCCAGCGACGAGGAGAGGGAGCCCACCCCGCUCAGCGCCAGAAGCAGAGGAGGAGCCGCCCCCGGCCGGAAAGCCACGAAGAAAACAGACAAGCCCAGGCUGGAGGAGAAAGAUGACCUAGAUGUAACAGAGCUCAGUAAUGAAGACCUUCAAGAGCAACUUGUAAAAUAUGGAGUGACCCCUGGUCCAAUUUUAGCUACUACAAGAAAGAUCUAUGAGAAGAAAUUGCAGAAACUGAAGGAACAAGGGCCAGAGUUGGGGUCUUUGACACCUCUACCAACAGUUUCUUCAUCAGCUGAGAACACCAGACAGAAUGGAAAUAAUGAUUCUGACCAGUAUAGUGACAAUGAAGAAGAUCCCAAGGUAGAGUUCAGACUUGAGAAGAGAGAACCACUGAAAGCCAAGACAAAGACACCAGUAACACUCAAACAAAGAAGAGUUGUUGAACAUAAUCAGAACUAUUCUCAAGAUGGAGUAACUGAGGCUAUCUGGACAAGUGGAUCUUCAAAAAGUGGACCUCUUCAGGCAGUUUCUAGGGAGUCUACAAGAGUAUCAAGAAGAACACCAAGGAAAAGGGUGGAAACUACAGCACAGUUGCCUGUAGAUGAUGCAGUAAUGUCAGAGGGUACUCCCAUAGCUGAAACUAUAGUGGCUUCAAGCAACGAGACCCUACAGGUUGUCAAUAGGGUGCCUGGAAAUUUCAAGCAUGCAGCUCCUACACUGUCAAUCAGUGAAUUCUCAGACUUGCCCAGAAGAACACCAAAGAAACCAUUGAUGACAGCUGAACACUUUCGCUUACUACAGCAAGAGGAAACAGGUCGUCCUCAUAAACAUACUGUUAACAUUGGUCACACACAAUCCAGUGAUCUACUCAACACAGCCAUGAUAGAGGUGGUGGAGAAAACACCAGCAGAAGAACGAAGAGUAGAAAGAGAUAUUCUUAAGGAAAUGUUCCCAUAUGAAGUAUCAACACCUACAGGAAUUAGCGCUAGCUGCCGCAGACCAAUCAAAGGAGCUGCUGGCCGACCUAUAGAGCUCAGUGAUUUCAGAAUGGAGGAAAGCUUUUCAUCUAAAUAUAUUUCAAAAUAUGUUCCCUCAGCAGAUGACAAACCAGAGAAACCAAUAACAAAAAAACGCUCCAUUCCCAUGUGGAUAAAGAUUCUGCUUUUUGUUGUUGUGUCAGUCUUCUUGUUUGUGGUGUAUCAAUCUAUGGAAACCAACCAAGGAAAUCCUUUUUCUAAAUAUCUUGGUGUCUCUGAGGCAGACAUCCCAACUGAUUGAUCAUCUCCUAUGGGACACCCAACUUGGUCUCAGUUUUUUUUAAUUGUAGGAAAAAAAAAACACUUCUUCCCUACUGUUGUCACAAGAACUGCUUACAACUGUGAUUGCAACUUGACAAAUUGAAUAAUGAAGCAUAAAUAAACAGUAUAAAUGGACAUCAGUAACUUUUUCUGGACUAGUAGAACUUUGUGCCAUAUGAGUAACAUUUUUUAGAUCUCUGGGACUUUUUGUAGUCUUUAUUUUUUUAAUGUGGACAUCUUUAAAUUCAUUUUUGAAAAACUGUAUAUUUGUUUUUGCAAACUUGGAAGCUGAAAAGGGCAAAAAUGUAGUAAAAUGUGAAGCUGUGUUUAAAUGCUUUGACUACGUACAGAAAAGAGGUUGUACUUUUUUUCUCUACUACACAACAUGGGGGUGAGGAGGGAGGAGAUAUUAUUAACCUGACAAAGGGAAAUGCAUUCCUGAAUGCAUUUUAUUGUAACUGUUCAGCUGAAUUUGAUAUAUUGUAGCUUGUAGGGAAAGUCUGGCAAUAAACUCUUCUGUAAUACUGUAACUUUUUAGUAAAUGUAACUAACCCUGCUGUAUUCAUUUCUGUAAGGUCUAAGUAACAUUACUAACUCCACUUAAGAAUAACAUCCAUUUUUUAAUUGUAGCUCUUAAUUUUAGUGCUCAAUACUGUUGUAGGAACCUAAUAAUUACAGAUCUAAUUGGCAACAGAUCUCUUUAUAGAGGAACUUAUUUAUUAGUAAUGUGUGAAAAUAAAAUUUGCAUCAAAUAUAAUUUUGCUACCAAAAUAUUCUGUGAAUCAGUUUUUUGUUUAUUGAAGGACUCAAAGUCUAAAGCGCUGUGCUACAUCUUAAACCUUUCACCAGAAUGAUUCAGACUGCAGAAAAAAUUACUGCAGGGCUAGGUUCUUCAAACAAAAUUUGUCAAGUCUUUCCCACAGCUUAAGAAUUAUACUCUUGCAGAUGUUCACAUAAAAAUGCUUUGAUUCUAUACUCAUCUUGGAUACUCCCUAUAUCAUGAAGUUUCAUGUUUGAUGUGAAAAGGGCAUUGUUAUGCUUUGACUUUUAAUUUAGGUUAAAAUUACUCAUCUUGGAUUCAGUUGAUUUUCUUUUUUCAGUGGAAAUGUGUCUAAACAUUCUAAAUUCCAUAACCUAGUUACAGGCAACUGAUUUUUCCACACCCAGUGAAGUCUGAAAUACAAAUAGAAUAUAAAGUGAAUGUAUAAAAUUGGUGCACUUAAGUCUGCAACAUAUUACAUAUUCUAAACAAAAUUACAAUUGUAACCUUAUAAAAGUGGUACUUUUUAAAAAGCUUAAGAUAUAAAUUAAUAUAGUUGUAUCUUUCUUUUUUUACUGUAACUAGAUACAAUGUAAUAUUUAGUUCAUAGUUGCUCUUAUGGAAACUUUUUUGCUAUGUACUUGAGGCAACUUUUACUUAUUUUUGGUAGCAAAGCACUAGUUUUGUCUCUAAAAUAAAUGCUUUAAUUCUUUUAAUUUCUGUUUUUAAUGAAAUAGUAAAACUUGUGUUCAUCCUCUAGAAAAUUGUAACAGAAAACAUUAAUUUUUUGGUGUCAAACUGUGGAAAAAUAAAGAUGUAAUGUGUA